AUGGCGAAUGGGGCGGUGCGAACUGCGAACGCGCAGCUGGCCGGCAGCCACUGCUCCAAAACAUUACCAUAUAUGCCGGAGCCCCCGGGCACUAGGGGCCGUGCUACUUUGUCCACCAUCAUAUGGGGGGUACGGACCAUAACCCGCCGCGCUGGUCCAGUGCGUGUUGGCGGGUUGCCAGAGCCUCUUUCUUUGAUCAGCAGAGUGCACCGCGGGCAGGCGAGGUUGGUUUGGGUCCCGAGAGAUGUUGGUUGGGACCCCUUGCACUCCAAGAUUAUACGCUUUUUAAGAUUAUCUAAUUUCUUU